AGCUUUUAAUAAAUGAAAUCGGUUGUUUUCACGGAAACUUUUCGAGUUGUUCAUUUCAUUCAUAAUAUUUUAGAGUAAGCUCUCAUAAAAUAAGUGAAUAUAUAUUGAAAAUCACAAAAAAUAAUAGCGCAAAUAAUAAAUAAAUACCUUUUCUCACACUAUCAAAAUAAUGGUGUGCCACCUCUAAACAGUAGGAGGCCGUUAAUACAAAUACAUAAAAUUGAUUAUAUAUUACAUUUCUCCUAUAAAAUAUUGUUGACAAAUUCCAAAUCAAGACUUCCCGGUUUUGAGACAACAUACAUUGUUGUAGUCUUACUCUCUGCAGUGCUAUUGGCUACGAACGCGUUUUGUUGUGUGUCGUGGCAAAUAACUUGAAUUUCUGCAUUUGGUGUUUCGAAUCAAAGUGAAUUAACAUUCAACAAAAUGUCCAUAAACCUACGAACCGUGUACGCGUUUGCAAGGGAAAUGUAUCCAAAGAAGUCGACAGCACCAAUACAAUAUGGCACGGCAGGUUUUCGUGGCAAGGCCGAACUCCUGGACAGUGUUAUGUACCGCAUGGGCGUUUUGGCUACACUUCGUUCUCGAAUUCGUGGCGGCGCUGUGAUUGGAGUAAUGGUCACUGCCUCCCACAAUCCAGAGCCGGAUAAUGGUGUCAAGUUGAUUGACCCAAAAGGUGAAAUGCUGGAAGCCAGUUGGGAAUCCAUUGCGACUGAUUUGGCUAAUGUUGAGGACAGCGAACUUGAAGCGCAUGUUGCCAAAAUUAUAAGUGAUAAUAAAAUCGACGUAGGUUCAUCUUCCAUUGUAUUUGUCGGUAUGGAUAACCGCUACCAUAGUCCACGGCUGCUAAAGGCUGUGGCUGACGGUGUAAUUGCGCUAAAGGGAAAUGUGCGUGAGUUUGGUAUUGUUACGACGCCAAUGUUGCACUUCUUUGUUGUGGCUGCUAAUACUAGAGGUGCCUACGGCCAGCCAACGGAGGAGGGAUACUAUAGAAAAUUGAUCACAGCAUUUGAAACAUUACGCGGUGACAAAUUAGAAAAUGGCAACUACCGCAAUAAGUUGGUAUUCGAUGGUGCAAAUGGUGUGGGUGCACGAAAAAUGCUGCAGUUUAUUAAACGAAUGCAUGAUUCUUUGCAAGUGGAUGUAAUCAAUAAAGGCGAUGGAAAAAUAAAUGAGAACUGCGGUGCCGAUUAUGUGAAAGUGAAGCAAGGAGUGCCCAUAGGUAUGCCAAUUGUGGAACCAUAUACUCGUUGUGUGAGCGUCGAUGGUGAUGCCGAUCGCGUAGUAUACUUCUUCACCGAUGAUAAAAAUCAGUUUAGAUUAUUGGAUGGCGACAGAAUUGCUACGUUAGUAGCAGAUUAUCUUAUGGGUAUGGUAAAACGUUGUGGCCUUGAUCUGAGUAUGGGUUUGGUGCAAACCGCAUAUGCUAAUGGUGGUUCAACGGAUUAUAUCUCCAAUACGUUGCAAGUACCAGUAGCAUGCGUACCCACUGGUGUUAAGCAUCUGCAUCAUAAAGCGCUGCAAUACGAUAUUGGUGUAUAUUUUGAGGCUAACGGACACGGUACUGUUAUAUUCAGCGAAAAUGCUAAGAGUCUGAUAAAGGCGGCAUCCGAAACAAGUGUGGACGCGAAAACACUACUGAAUGUUAUAGAUCUCAUCAACGAAACUGUGGGCGAUGCCAUAUCGGACAUGUUGCUAGUCGAAACAAUUUUGAACCAUAAGGGCUGGGACGUUAAAGACUGGUUGGCGACGUAUGAUGAUUUGCCGAAUCUUCAAUUGAAAAUUAAAGUUCAAGAUCGUAAUGUCAUCACGACAACCGAUGCAGAGCGUGUUUGUGUGACACCAGUGGGUCUACAAGAAGCCAUAGACAAGGUAGUAUCCAACUAUAAAAGAGGCCGUGCAUUCGUAAGACCAUCAGGUACAGAAGAUGUUGUGCGUGUCUAUGCUGAAGCAGCUACCAAAAAUGAAACCGAAAGCCUUGCAUACGAAGUAGGAAUUUUAGUGCAACAGCUGGCUGGAGGCGUUGGACCAGAGCUUAUUCAUCCUGGAAAGACAAUAAGUGCCCACAUCUAAAUAUUUUAAAUAUUCCUCUCUCAAAUGAAAAAAUCUAUUUCAAGCUGAAAUCCGCCUUCAAAGCGGACUCUUUAAUGCUCUUGCUACACUACGAUAAAAUGUCUAAAAGUUACUUACAUGUACAUGCCUUCCUUAAAAUAAGUAGUUAGAAGAAAACACUUUCAUUUAUUUUCUAAAGAUCAUUUAUUAUUGUGUUACAUUUUUUUAUUAUUAUUUUUGUUGUUUUUUUUUUU